AUGCCCUACCGUGCCGGGAGCUGGCUUGGUGUCCAUGAUACAUCUGACGAGCUGCGUAUCUUAUUUGUGUCAUCAAACAUGUACGAUAUUAUAAACCUUAACCCACACGACUGCGUUGGCAGUUCAGCGAACGAGUUUAUCACGGGUGAGAGCCUGGAGACAUAUCCGGCAACUUUUGCCAGACACACAACUGACAACAUAUUCAUCAGCUAUGUACAUGUCACGACGUCUGAUGGCUCGGCUAUUGUGGUCCGUACCAUCUCAUUUGUCUGCAGCAACAUCACCUUUAUUGUUGGAUCCUACGAUCCAAGUUGGCAGGCCGAGCACAUGAUGCAGCGCAACCACAUCAAGCGCUUCCGGUAUGUAUCCAAGGACGAGAGCAGAAUGGAAACACUGACACAGAUCAAGAAGGCAAUUAGCGAAGUGUCUGGCCAAGGCAACACCAUUACAGCUGUGCCCCAGCAGGAUUCGCAAAGGCAAGCACAGGAAUCGGCACGCACGCUUAUCCAGGCAUGCAUCGUUCUUGAUAGCUUGGAGCGAAUGGAUGGCCGAACGCCGCAUGGGCCGACCAUUACCUUCUUGACCAACAGCAUCGAUCAGAUUAUUGACGUUGAUGCGACCGACCUCCAGGGCAUCCCGUUCCUGUCGCUGGUUGCCGCUGACGAUAUUGUCAAAGCUAGCGACGGCGCCAUUCUCCUAUGCCAACCUGCCAUUGGGCUGCGGAUAAGGCGAACAGACUGCGCCUCGGUCGAAGAAGCUGGGUACAUGUCACUCGAAGAACUGGUGUCGUCUGAAGCGGAGACCAGUGGGUACGAUAGCUCCUGGAGAGAUAUCAAGCCAUACUAG